AUGCCUGUUAAAGAAAUCAAGCGAUUUGUGGCCUUAGGGCAAACAUUUGAAUAUGUUUUCUACCCGGGUUUGUAUUUUGUCGAAUCUUAUGGUCCUUCGGGCGGAGGUGAUGGCCAUGGUUCAUAUGUAUCCGGUAUUGUCGGGAUAAAUACAGCAAUAAAGGUUUAUGUGACUCUUGGCGGAAAAGGUCAAACAGGCAAAUUUGACGGCUCGAUAACCCCUGGUGGAGUAAAUGGAGGCGGAAAUGGCGGUAGAGGAAGUUUAUAUAAGGGAAGUAUGACAAUAUCUGGUGGAUCUGGUGGCGGUCGAACAGUAAUUUCUUUGAAUUCAGAUCAAACAUCACCUGUAAUCGUUUCCGGUGGUGGCGGUGGUGGGGUAAUGACUAGUGCUCAGUAUCAAUUCUUUAGCUUUGUUUGGGGAGAUGCUGGUGGAAUAAGGAGCAAUGAUGCUUCUUUUCAAACUUAUUCUUAUGUCCAUGGAGUGUCGCAAUCAUUUAGAAUUGAAAAUGGCAGCGGACAAAAUGGGAGAAACGGAAUAGAUAACACGGAUUUAUUUGCAGAAGGAUCAGGCGGUGGUGGGGCUGGAUAUCGAGGAGGUUUAGCACCACAAGAUGCUGGAACUAUUACACCUGGAUCAGGAGGAAGCUCCUAUAUCUCUGGUCAUCAGGAUUGCGAAAUCGAAAAAAGAUUCGUUUUUACUAAAUGCAUAUUAAAGAAUGGCACAGAAACUCAGUAUGAUGGCGAUGGAUACGUUAUCAUUUCCAGAAUAACUUUAACUGAAUCAUCAUGUCUGAUUUUAUUUUAUCAACGUUCUAUUUAUUUCUUGUUUUUAUUUAUUUUAGGAUAA